AUGGCAACUUCUGACGUAUUAAAUUUUACAGAAACCCCAAUUAUAAAUAAAGGAAUUGAAAGAUAUGAAUUCCAUGAAUAUGAGCCAGUAGCUCGUAAAAAUCUAAAUAGGGAAGGAGAAAUAAGAGUUAACAUUGAACAGCAAGAUCUGUUUACACUUCCAUCUGAAGCUUUUCUUUUGUUUGAAGGAAGACUUCUUAAAGCUGAUGGAACUGCUUCUGCUAAAAAUUAUAAAAUUCAAAUAACAUACCAAUUAUCAAACCAAGAAGUAGAAUCAGUUUAUCAUCAAGGUCAAGCAAUUACAAUGUUAGAAAUGCUCAAAUACCCAAAUGACUUUAAAUUAGCACAAGGAUUAAACCAAUUGUGGUCUAAAGAUUUUGCAACAACAGCAGAAAUUGCUGAUAACGCAGGAUUUGCAAUAAGACAAGCUUGCAUAGUUCAGAAACCAACUACAAAAGGAACAUUUUCAUUUAGCAUACCUCUAAAGCACAUUUUUGGGUUCUGUGAUGAUUACAACAAAGUUAUUUAUGGAUUUAAACAUACACUAACUCUUGUUAGAAAAAGUGACGAUGAUGCAUUUUUUUGA